ACUGAAUUUCAAAAUAGUUUACCAGAAACCGGUCGGAUUGAAUCGAUACUGAGCUAUUCUUUCUGCGCUUCGCUGUUCAUAUAGGUUUACUUUUAAAGGUUUUAAGAUGUCUGAGCAUGAAGAAAUUGACGAAGGAUUUUAUUCCCGGCAACUGUAUGUGUUAGGUCGUGAGGCAAUGCAGCGGAUGGGUGAGGCUAACAUCCUGAUAGCUGGCAUGCGCGGCCUGGGUGUGGAGGUAGCGCACAACGUCAUCCUCUCCGGGGUGAAGUCCGUCACGGUGCAGGACGAGGGCCAGGUUCUGUGGGAGCACUUGAGUUCCCAGUUUUUCCUGCGCGAGGCUGACCUCGGCCAGAACCGGGCUGAGUGUUCCCUCCCCCGGCUGGCCAGUCUGAACCCCCGCGUCCAGGUGUCUGCCCACACCGGCCCACUGCAUGAAGACAUGCUCAUGCAGUACCAGGUGGUGGUCCUCACUGACUCCACGCUGGAGGAGCAGAAGCGUCUGGGGAACCACUGCCACUCCCAUGGGAUCCGGUUCAUAGUGGUCGACACCCGGGGACUCUGUGGUCAGUUGUUCUGUGACUUUGGCGAGGAGUUCACCGUGCUGGACCGGGACGGGGAGACGCCAAUGACUGCGAUGAUCAAUUACAUCACUAAGGGUAAUCCUGGCCUGGUGAGCUGUUUGGACGAAGAGAACCACGGUUUUCAAGAUGGCCACAAAGUUUCCUUCUCUGAGGUUCGGGGCAUGGCAGAGCUCAACACCAUGGGUCCUCAGGAGAUCAAAGUCAUCAGUGGUCAUUCGUUCUCCAUCGGUGACACCUCUGGCUUUACUGAGACCGGCCAUGGUGGAGUAGCGACCGAAGUCAAACAGCCCUCGACAAUUCAAUUUAAACCAUUGGAAGAGGCGUUAAUGGACCCUGAGUUGCUGGUCAUGACUGAUUAUGGGAAGAGGGCAAGGCACCAGACCCUGCAUCUGGCCUUCCAGGGCCUCCAUAUGUUUGUCCAGAAGGAGCACCGACUUCCCAAGCCCACGUCUCAGGCCGACGCUACUGUGCUGCUGGACAUGGUGAGGGGGCUGAACGUGUCGGCCCAGCUGGAGACACUGGACGAAGACGUGGUUCUGCUCCUGGCCCGCACAGCUCGGGGGGAUCUGGCCCCGCUCAACGCCUUCAUGGGAGGGGUCGCUGCCCAGGAAGUGCUGAAAGCCUGCAGUGGGAAGUUUAAACCUCUUAUACAGUGGCUGUACUUUGAUGCACUGGAGUGUCUUCCCAAAGACGUCGACAACAAAGAGGAGCAAUUGAGUGACAACACCUUUUCACCUGACGGCUCUAGGUACGACGGCCAAAUCGCUGUGUUUGGCUCUAAAUUCCAGGAGAGACUCGGGAAGCUCAAUUAUUUCCUGGUGGGAGCUGGUGCUAUUGGCUGUGAGCUGCUGAAGAACUUUGCCCUCAUGGGCCUGGGUGCUGGGGAGGGGGGACACAUCACUGUCACAGACAUGGACUCCAUCGAGCGCUCCAACCUGAACCGACAGUUCCUGUUCCGGUCCCAAGACAUCGGAAAAAUGAAGUCGUCUGUGGCGGCGGAAGCGGUGCGAGAGAUGAACCCCAGUGUGAACAUCACAGCCCACCAGAACCGGCUGGAUCCGGAGAGCGAGCGCGUCUACGAUAGGUCCUUCUUCAGGGGUCUGGAUGGCGUGGUCGCAGCCCUGGACAACGUGGAGGCCAGGGUCCAUCUGGACAAACUCUGUGUGCUGCACCAGAGGCCCAUGCUGGAGGGCGGGACCCUAGGGACCAAGGGCCACACUCUAGUGGUGGUCCCACAUCUGACCGAGUCCUACGGACAGCCCAAGGCCGAUACCGAGGGGGCCAUCCCACUGUGUACGCUGAAGAACUUCCCUCACCGUAUCGAACACACUCUGCAGUGGGCCAGAGACCAGUUUGAGGGGUGGUUCAAACACGUCCCGGAAAAUGUCAAUCUCUUUCUGAGGGACCCGCCGGGCUUCGUAGAGCGGACACUGGGCCGUGGCGAGGCCGAGGCGCUGGAGGUCCUGGGGGGGGUCUUUGGAGCCCUCAGGGACGGAGGAGCCCAGGGUCACCGGCCCACCCGCUGGGAGGACUGCGUGCACUGGGCGCGCUGUCGGUGGGAGAGCCUGUUCAGCAAUGAGCUCCGACAGCUCCUGCACUGUUUCCCUGCUGAUCAGGUAACGACACGCAGAGCGCCAGACGAGGCCGAGGAGAGUGACGGUUCUCACAGCUGUCGUUGGUUUAAUGCGACACAAGGAUAGCUUGACGUAUUGGCGUUAGGCCAUGGAAUGUUCCACAUUAUAUGUUCACGGCAUUAAAAGUACAAUAAACAUCGAGGUUCACGCUCGAAUCAUGCUCGAAAACAUGACUUAGAUGUCUUCUUCGCAACAUUUGACUGGAAUGCAGUUAUUCAAGUCCUUU